AGUUACAUCACGAUUCACGACCGAAUCUAGUUUUGAUUGGGAUUUGUUAGAUGUUUGCGUUCUGAUUAUGCUAGUUUAUGCUACGUGAUGGUAAGAUCGUAAAAAGACUUUACGCGCACACCCAACGUUCUCGUACCUUAACAUUGCGCCGUGUUGGUUGUGAAAAGUGCGUAGCAAAAGAUUUUCGUCAUGCUGCUGUAGCGCGAUAAAAACGGUGAAAGGUGCGAAACUUCUCCAGGUUUCGGAGUGGCUGGCAUGUCCGAAACGAGGCAGUUUAUUGCUUAACUCCUACAAGAAGUGUCGGCUAUUGAUCGAGGCAGCUAUUGUGUUUUGGAGGACAGUCGAAAAUCCUUUCCUGGUUCCAGCACACGGCACCUCGUUGCACGUGUCCGUACUCGUGUUUGUGAAUGAAUCUUACGUUCAACGGUGCCGUGCGAUAAUUUGGUGAACGGGACACAAUUGGGUUCGGUGUUUUGGUGGUGUCUACCGAAACAAUAGGGCUUGCACCGAGUAGCUAGUGCAUCCCGUUUGCCGUACCAAUAAUUUCGUUCGAUGUGCUAUGUCCCUGGUGCUGGGUUCGGGUUUUACGUAAAACAUCACACCAAUCCCCGGAGCGCCACCGUACACUGCUAAGACUGUAGAGGGCAGCGCUUUGUUUUGUUGCCAGCAAAGGCAGACCCAAUUGUCAGCAUUCGUGACGUGAUACGCUUUUACCCUUUGUUUCGUGACCGCAUCCUACGACCCGUCCGGCCACAUCCGCCCAAUGGCCACGUACCUGAACCGCACCUUGUCGAUGGUGACGGGAAACGGAAACGCCUCGAUGUACGAAACGGCGGCCCUGAUCGAUCCAAAUGCUCGCACGCUGCACAACAACGCUACGGACGUUUCACCGCUUCAGAUCUUCGUGCGGGCCAAGAAGAAGAUCAAUGAUAUUUUUGUUGAAAUCAACGAUUAUGUGGUCGAAACGACCGGCUUCAUCGAUGGUGAACUUUCAGCGACCUCGGAGAUCGUGGACAAAGCGGAAACGGAGCAGUUCCAAAGCUAUGUGCUCAAGGUGCGAGGCAUCCGGGAGGUGCUGGCACGGGACAACAUGAAGGUGGCCUUUUUCGGUCGCACCUCGAAUGGCAAAAGCUCCGUCAUCAAUGCGAUGCUGCGCGAUAAGAUUCUACCGAGCGGCAUAGGUCACACCACCAACUGCUUCUGCCAGGUGGAGGGAAUCGACGGGCAGGAAGCGUAUCUGGUGAAGGAGGGAAGCGAUGAGAAACUAAACGUUACGUCUGUGAAGCAGCUGGCGAAUGCGCUGUGCCAGGAGAAGCUGUGCGAAAGUUCGUUGGUGCGAAUAUUCUGGCCACGGGAACGGUGCAGCUUGCUGCGGGAUGAUGUCGUCUUCGUGGAUUCACCCGGUGUGGAUGUUUCGCCGAAUCUGGACGAUUGGAUCGAUAACCAUUGCCUGAAUGCAGACGUGUUUGUGCUGGUGCUGAACGCGGAAUCUACGAUGACUCUCGCGGAAAAGUCUUUCUUCCACGAAGUUUCAACACGACUCUCGAAACCGAACAUUUUCGUGCUCAACAAUCGGUGGGAUGCAUCGGCUUCGGAGCCAGAAUUUCAGGAAUCGGUUAAAGCACAGCACCAGGAACGGUGCAUCGAUUUUCUGGUGAAAGAGCUUAAGGUAGCCACUCCGAAGGAGGCUGAAGAACGUGUUUUCUUUGUAUCGGCGCGCGAGACUCUGCAGGCACGGCUGAAGGAGCAGGAAGGUUUGCCGGCCAUCGCUGGCGCACUUGCCGACGGUUUCCAGAAUCGGUACUUCGAGUUUCAGGAUUUUGAGCGCAAGUUUGAGGAGUGCAUUUCAAAGAGUGCGGUACGAACCAAGUUUGAGCAGCACAGUUCCCGCGGCAAGAACAUUGCGGGCGAUAUGCGCAUGAUGCUGGACAGUAUCUUCGAGCGUGCGAACGUGCUGCGGAACCAGAAGCUGGAGCAGAAGAAACGUCUCACGGAUCGUAUUGCAAGCACGGAGACGUCGCUCAUGCAGGUGACGCGCGAGAUGAAACUCAAGAUCCACACGAUGGUGGAGGAGGUCGAGCAGAAGGUCGCGAAGGCGUUGAAUGAGGAAAUUUGGCGACUCAACGUGCUGGUAGAUGAGUUCAAUCUACCGUUUCAUACCGAUCCGCUCGUGCUGAAUGUUUACAAGAAGGAAAUCAACGGUCACGUCGAGAGUGGGCUCGGGUCUAACCUGCGCGCCCGCCUAAGUACGGCGCUGGCCAUGAACGUCGAGACGGCCCAGCGCGAGAUGACGAGCCGCAUGACCGCCCUGCUACCGUCGGAGAAGAUCGUUACCCAGCAGCACCAGGUGGUCGCGCGUACCCAGCCGUUCGAGAUGCUUUACACGCUCAACUGUCAGAAUCUGUGCGCCGACUUCCAGGAGGAUCUCGAGUUCCGCUUCUCCUGGGGAAUCAAGGCACUGAUUGCGCGCUUCAGUGGUAAAAUGAGGGCCAACAAUCGGAAGGCGAUCACUCAUCAUCGACAGAAUAGCAACAUGAAUAUGUCGCAGAUGCUUUCUCCAACCUCACCGAUGUGUCUUAUGCCCGAGAACGAACUGAUCACGAACGAGCAGUUGUCGGUAAUCUCGAAGGUUGCAAUUGCAUCGAUCGGCUCACAGGGCACACUUGGUCUAGUCGUGGCCGGUUUGCUGCUGAAAACAAUCGGCUGGCGCGUAAUUGUCGGAGCUGGGGUCGUUUACGGUAGCGUCUACCUCUACGAGCGCCUCUCGUGGACCAACACGGCCAAGGAGAAGAACUUUAAGAAUCAGUACGUUCAGCAUGCGACUCGCAAGCUAAAGCUGAUCGUCGAUCUUACCUCGGCCAACUGCAGCCACCAGGUGCAACAGGAACUGUCGAGCACGUUUGCUCGGCUCUGCCGUGUGGUCGAUACGGCCAGCAACGAAAUGAACGACGAACUGCGGCACAUCGAAGGUUCGCUCGGUGUGAUCGAGAGCAACCAGAAGCAGAUCAAGCUGCUGAAGAACAAGGCGAACUACAUCAUGAACGAGUUGGAAAUUUUCGACAGCAACUACAUUAGGGCCAACUAAGUGAAAGCAAUCGGUUCUUCUGUGAGCUUGGCAGCAUUAACGGUGAUUCAGCUGAGUCGUUCAGGUGCUUGGGUAAUAGCGGUAAAGAAGACUCCAGAAUGUGAUGCGCAAAAAAACAAAUCUUAGUUGGAGACAUGGAGAUAAGAAGUCGUCUUGUGUAGGCGUCCAAAGUGACGUCGCGCAAAAAUGGAUCAUUUCUCGCGAGGAUGGGAAAUCAAUUCUUGCUUGAACCACACACACUCAUGUUGGGUCCAGCGCCAAGUGGCUGUAAAAAUACGAAUAAGGGCUGCUUUAUCUGCUCCGUGCCGCAGCGGAUGCUCUGUACGAUAAUACUGAAUGUGAAUGUAGCAAAUAUUUCCUCUAUCCUAAAUCUAUAGUUAUGUAAAAAAAAUAACAAAAGCAACCCGGAUCGGACCGUUAUCCGAAGCAACUCCCAUCGAUAGUUGACUAUCGGGAGAUGAUUAACUAAGCUAACAAAUUUGUAAGUAGCCCCUCGUGAUGAUAACUAAUAAAACUGUGCAUAACGCGCGAUUCACACUUUCAAGUGACAAAAUAUAACCGUAAUUAUUGUUGAUGCGUUAUUGAAAGAUGUAGAAUCUGAUGUUAAUUUUUGUAUGCAACGGAAACAAUA